CAAUCAAACCCUCACCAAACCCAUCACAACUAGUCAUACCCCAAAAAGAACCUUCCUUUUACAAACACCCUCUCCCUCCAAAAUUUCUAUAUAUUUCUCCUCUUUCCUUCAUCUACCUAAUAAAAAUCCCUUCAUUCCCCCUCUCAACAACUAACUAUUCUCAUCAAAUUACUUAGCAAUAGAAUAAAAAUGAGAUCAUCUAAACCAACAAAAUCCAUGAUCAUAUAUUUAUCAUUGUUACUCUGCUCAAUAUCUCUGUUAUUUACAACCUCCACAGCACAAACAUGUACUAGUCACACCUUUGCUAACAAUGCACAAUUCAGCAGUUGUAGCGAUCUCCCAGCGUUGAAUUCUUUCCUAUACUGGACCUAUGAUGCCAACGCAGCCACCGCUAACAUCGCCUUUCGUGUCACCGGCAUCUCGACGUCGAGCAACUGGAUCGCAUGGGCUCUUAACCCUUCUGGCUCCGGCAUGGCUGGAGCUCAAGCUUUGGUUGCUUUCCAGAAUUCUACUAGUAUUCAGGCUUACACCUCCUCCGUCGCUUCCACAUCCAUUACUGCCCUUACCCCAAGUACCCUCAGCUUUCAGGUAACGAAUAUAAGUGCCACCACCACCGGAACUAGUGAGAUGACACUAUUUGCAACAAUUACACCACCUAGGACUACGGUGAACCAUGUGUGGCAAGUAGGCCAAGUGAGUAGCGGCGCGCCGGGGGCGCAUCCCCUCGGCUCUGCCAAUCGUGCAUCGGUGGGUACCAUUGACUUCCUUUCAGGGCAAUCCACUGCCGGUACAGCUACUAUUGCCAGACUUGGAAGGAAGAAUGCCCAUGGAGUGAUAAAUACAAUAAGUUGGGGAAUUCUAAUGCCAUUGGGAGCCAUAAUAGCAAGAUACAUGAAAGUGUUCAAGUCAGCGGAUCCAGCAUGGUUUUACAUUCAUGUUACUUGCCAAUUUUCUGCCUACGUUAUUGGAGUUGCUGGUUGGGGUACUGGUCUUAAACUCGGGAGUGAUUCCCCUGGUAUUGUAUACCAAACUCACCGUAACCUUGGAAUUGCCCUUUUCUGCCUUGCUACUCUUCAGGUGUUUGCCCUGCUUCUAAGGCCAAAGAAGGAUCAUAAGUUCAGAUUGUACUGGAACAUCUACCAUCACUGCGUCGGAUACACCGUGCUCAUCUUGAGUAUAGUGAACAUCUACCAGGGCUUUGAUCAUGUGUUGCAACCUGAGGAGAAGUGGAAAAGAGCUUACACUGGAAUAAUCAUUGCUUUGGGUGCCAUUGCUCUUGGAUUAGAGGCAUUUACAUGGAUAGUUGUGUUGAAGAGGAAGAAGGAUAACCCAGAUAAAAAUGCUCAUCAUGCUAAUGGAACUAAUGGCUACUCCAAUGGAUAUACUUCCAGAACACAGCCUGCCGUGUAAAUUUUUUUAUAUACACAUUUUCUCAUGAUCUAAUUAAUCCUUAGGAUUAUUACAUUAGGUUGUAUUAUAAUUACAGAUUUUGAAUAUUUUUUUUCCUUCUUUUUUGUAUUAUUAUUUUGUUGCCAGUGAGUUAUAGGGCUAUUUGUUUGUUUUUAUAUAUUCACUAUUAUGAUAGUUUUGGCCCAUUACUCUU